UUCACAGCUCAGCUGUUCCUAUGUCUUGGCGCAUUCUUCGUCAGCACAUUGGUUCAUGCUUUCCAAGGUUUUCCCCCACUUCAUGGAUUUGCCAUGAUUGGAGGCGUUCUUUGGGCUUCAGCUAACGCGUUUGCCAUUCCAAUCAUGAAUCGAUUGGGAAUGGCUCUGGCGAUUCUUGUAUGGAACACUAUUUCUUGCCUGACUGGCUGGGCCACGUCAAGAUAUGGCUUGUUUGGACUUCCAGCUGCAGUUCCGGCUAGUCUCAUACUCAACUACAUCGGCAUAGUGGCCUUAAUUGCUGGAGGAGCAAUGUACAUGUUUGUGAAGAGCAACACUCGAAGGCCUGACGCUGUCAAGGAAAUGGAAGCAUCUGGAAAGUUUACUAUGUUCGCCAUUCAAAGUGAAGAAAAGAUCUGUCACCGAGAGAUCUCCCUACUGGAAAGGAUCGGGUAA